GACCUCAAGUAUUACUCAUGCAAAUGGCGACUUCAUGUAGGCAUUCAUCUAUGGACGGUUCGUGAAGACGACAGCGUGUUGUUUCUCUUGGUUCGCCUGGUCUAUUUUCAUACCACAUUUUCUUGGAUUGUACAUUUGUGUGUCUCAUGUGAUGAACAUGGUUUCUCUCUGCCGGAUUAUAUCGUUGUUGUGUGUCAGCGUGUGUGUGAUAGCCGUUGCGCUUGCCUCGGCACCUUCUCAUAGACAUCAGGGAAAAGAAUGUGGACGGGUUCAACGCGAGUUUUCACACAAAAAGAUAGGCUCACAUAAUCUAGUACCCGAUAACAAAGUACAUGAUUCAGGUGUGUCAGUGUGUUUCAAUGGUAAAGAACUUAAGCACCACAAAUCGUGCUGCACGAAAGAUACAGAGGAGAAAUAUGUGAAGGCUGCAGAGAGAUAUUUAAAAGACAGUCUACGAUCAACCAAUGCAUAUUUGAAGAAGCUUGUGAUGGAGAGUUUGGCUCGGUUUCAAGAGAGGGUGUUGGAUUUACUAGAGGAGGCCCAGAACCGGACAGCUGUGAUGCUGAGCCGCGUCCACAACAUCCCCUGGGACGAGCACCAUGGUACGGUCAGCGACUACUUCCUGGACAUGGAACAGUACGCCCGCCGCCAGCACGUCAACCUCCAGGACUCGGUCCAGACCUUCUUCACCGAACUCUUCCCAUCCGUAUUCUACUACAUCCUGAGCGACCCCACCGUCAUCCGCUACGACGACCACUACCGCAGCUGUCUGCUGCAAGCCGAGGAGGACAUCCAGCCUUUCGGCAACAGCCCCAAACAUCUUGCCCACAAAAUUGUCCAAGCUUUCCAAAGAGCACGGGCAUUUGUGAACGCCUUGUCUGUGAUCACAGAAGCCAUUAAUUCCACGGAUCAUAUCAAGUUUGAUACCAAUUGUCUUGAAGCUGCAACAAAGUUGCAAUACUGCUCUCAUUGUCAAGGAUAUGUUGAUGCCAAGCCUUGCCAUGGCUUCUGCUUGAAUGUUAUUGGGGGCUGUCUGGCAACUGAGUCGGAAAUAAGCCCGGCCUGGGAUGAUCUUAUUUCUGCAGUCAGAACUCUCACCAACGGCAUGAAGGAAAAAUUCAGUUUGGAAGUAGUUUUAAGUGGUAUUCAUGAACAGAUUUCAGAAGGAAUACUUCAAGCAAUGGACGAUGGACCAAGGAUUUACACUAAGGUGCUGGAGAGCUGUAAGAACCUGAACACAUCAGUUCCAAAGGAUAAUGUAAAGAGGAGCUACGUCAUGUCGAAGCCCAAGUCCCGCCGGAGACCCGCCCCCACAUCCAGCCUCAUGGAGCAGCUGGAGGCUGUCCUCAAGAAACUCAUGGACUCCCGCGGAAUCUACAACCGCCUGUCCAACGAAAUCUGUGGUCAGGGAAUCAUUUACGAACAGGAUAUGUCUAGCAGCAAGUGCUGGAAUGGAUCCCACAUUGCACAGUAUACCCGUAUUGUUCCCGAAUCAAGUUUCAUCGCACAGGCAAAGGCCAAUCCAGAGGUGAAGGUUGAUGUGAGGCCCAACUAUGAGCUGCUGAAUGUUAAGGAAAAACUAAUCCACAUGAGAAGGAACCUGAGCACGUUGUUGACGGAUGAGCAGAUGCAGGGGGACAGCCCCGAGGAACUGGUCUCCAGUGGGGAGAGGAGGAUCAAGAACGAGAACAUUCACAUCAAUGACGACGAGGACCUGUAUGACCCCUCCGGCAGUGGUAGCGGAGACGACAGUGAUGAUAAAGAUCCAGUUGCACCAAGACCAACACCUCCAUACUCCCACAAGCCGAAGCAACCCAAAGAUUCCGGAGCUGGACUAGUGCCCGUAACGUGGUCAGUGAUUGCCCUGUGUUAUUGCCUGGCGCAGGUGCUUUAUGUGUGAGAGUGGGAGCUACCAGGCCGCUGUCUGGAUGGUUGACACAUCUGUCGUAUUUCAAGCUGCAUUUGAGAGACAAUUGAUAGACCCGAGGACAAACAUAUAUGCAAUUCCAGGAGGAACACGAGGAACAGGCUGCUCCAACUCCUUCCGAGGCCUGUCUGUGAUAAUUUCUGAACUUAAGAAGAUGAUAUUAUAUCCAUUAGUAACCUCAGUCUGGUACCAUCUCAGGAAAGCUAAAUUAUUACCUAGAAUGCCUUCAAACACAAAAUUGAGUUUAGCCAGGGAAGUAGAAAUGCUGGGCAUUUAUCAGGAAGGAAACGUGGUUCCGUAGAUUGCGAAUCUGCCUCCAAGGGUUUGUCAUGUCAUGUGACUCUGUACAGCUGCAGCUGAACUAUGUGUUUAUUAUUGUCACUUGGGAAAUAUUGGUGCUCGUUAUAUCCAUGGUGUGAAAAGUUGAUUCAACUAUGAGGAAAAUUGUGCGAACUAUGUGACGGGGGGAAAAACCCAAGACCUUGUGACGUGUGUAACAUACAGAUGUUAUCAAACGAUUCCUUCUCCGAAAAAAGUUCGAGCCACACACUGGGGGCAAACAUUGACCGGGUGAAGGUCAGUGUAAAGGUGAAGGUCAUGUGGAACUGGAGAUGGAUUACAUGACAUUAAACAUUCAUUAUAUUAAAGAUUUCAAGACGACCUUCGCCAAGAGGAAUGAGGAUGGACAGACUGGAUACUGUCAAAUCACUAGCUGUUUGAAGAACGGAAUUUAACCUUGCUGGGACGGCUAGUUCGAAGAUGUAUGUCUUGGCAAAACCCUGGACAUUACAAUUAUGGAGUGUGACAUUUGCUGGAUUAGAACAUCCUUUGCAGCAAUAUAGAAGAAGUGUCCAAAGAUGAUUUUAAUAUAUGCUACCUUGAAGCAUGGAAUCCAUUGGUUGUCCAGAGAAUUGGAGUAACUGGUUGUCUCUGGGCUGCUCGGUGAAUGCUGAGAUUGUGAAAUUGAUGUCAUUUUGAAAUGAUUACAUGAAGUAUGUUUUACUAGUGAUGAUUAGCUGUAUUUAUGUUUCAAUCCUUAUAGUUAUACUUGCAACUGCUUCUAAAAUGAGUAUGUCCACUUACACCAAAUAUCUAAAAAAUAUAUGUGAAAAAAUAACCAGUAUCCUAUUCAUUUCAGUGCUAUUUUAUAUUGGAUUAUGUAGGUAGACUAUACAUGUAAGUUUCAGAUUAUUAUGAUAAGCAACUAUAUAGAACAGUAAUACUGAUGAUUGUAAAUUUUCUACACCCAAGAGGUUUUUUUGUUUUUUUUCUCUGUUUCUGAUUGACUGUUGGCGUAUGAAUGAAGAAUUUUUAAAUGAGGAAUUUUACAGUGUCAGAAUAUUGUGCUGUCUGCUGUUGAAGCAUGUGUAUCUUUUAAAUCUUAUUUUUCUAUCAAAUAGACCUUUCUACUGUAUGGUAUACACAUAAAAAAACAAGCAUCACAUUUGUUUAGGAUGUUUUCUAAUAUGUUGAAAGAUUUUAUCAAACUUUUACCACAGAGUACUACUGUCUCAGAAGUUUUGAAAUAUCCAUUUGAUGAAAAUUUGAAACAAUUAAUUCAAAAUGUCUCCAAAUGUUAAGCAAUUUGUCUCAGUUGAUGAAAGGGAAGUAACUCAGACUACAGCAUCAAGCCCUAGUUUUGUGGCUGGAUAUUUUAUAAUGUGAAUGUUUGUAGUUAAUAGAUUCAUAUGAAUGCUUAUUUAUUGUGGGCUAAUUUGUCAAGUUAUUUCUGAGAGGAUAGAAAAAAAUCUAUUUUACUUUAGAAUGUCCACGUGUGAGAUGCUAGGUCUCCGUCUCUGCUUGUGAAGCUGAGAGGGAGAUUGUUUUGUACAAUGUAUGAUGUGUUGUCUAUACUGUAAUUUAAGCCUUGUUACAUGAUGCCAAUAUCACAACUUUUUUGUUUAUUUUUCUGUUGAUGAGUGUGUCAUGCUUGAUGAGCUGUACAAACUUUUUAAGCUUUUAAAUGUGAUUAUUAGGGUUUAAGAGAGAAAAAUAAGACUGUCUUUAUGCGCAAGUGGUGUGUUCUUUUCCUGUUUGCAUGCUUGUCUCACACUAGUGGUCAAAUUGUGAUGUUGUAAAGGAAUCUGUCUUUGUAAAUAUUUCAAACUUCUCUCAUAGGAAUCAGAUAUUUUUUCACAUUAGUCCAUACAGAUGAUGACCUGUGUACCUGUGCUGUUGCAGGAAACUAUGGCGUCUGUUCAGCAUGUCAGUGUUGCAAACAUGGUUGAUUAUUGCUAUUAAGAAAUUAUGGACUUGUAGAAUUUCUUUCAAUGAUUUAUGGCCAUUUUUUGGAGGUUAUUUUGAGUUGAAGUUUCUUGAUGCACCGAUGAGGCGACAACCUUGCUUUUGUAACUGUCCUCCUCAACUGUUUUGUCAAAUCACCAAGUGCCAUUGUCUGUAGUCUCAUUUCAUAAUGUCAUCGUGCAUAGCGCUUGGAUCUUCUAGUUUGUCCUACAGAGAAUCAUGCAUCUUAGGGCUAGUCCAUCUCCGUUAAAAGUCUACAUGAGAAGAUGCAGAAAAAUAUCAAAAUUGUUCCUGGGGGAAAUCUAUGUUAAUUGCUAACUGCUUCCACUCUGAAUGUCCCUCCUGUGUUUGUGUAUCAUGUCAAUCGGACCAUGCUGCAAUGGAAUAAACAUGUUCUAUAUAUUUUUCUUUGUGUAUGAAAUGUCAAACAGAAGUUUGGAAGUCAAGGCUUUGAUCUCUUUGCAAGUUUUUGUGUGAAAUUUUAAUCAAAUCUUUUUUAGAAGUAAACUUGUUUAACAAUAAAACAGGAAGUGGGUUGUUUUGUAUUUUUUGUAAGAAGUCUUUCAAGGAAGUUUUGUUGCAUCAUGUCUUAUAUUUUUUAAUCACUCAACUUUUGCAAUUAGUCCUAGUUAUAUAUAUCUCUGCUUUGAUCCCUGUUUAAACUUUGUGCAAAUAAAAGCUUUGUGAUAUGCGUUCAGCAAUUGCUGCAUUUGUAAGUAUUUGGUUACAAUAUAUGUGUUCUUUAUUUGACGAAGGUGUAUUUCAUAUAGAUAUCACUGGCCAGAUUAGCUUAUCUAGGUGGCUAAGUUUCCUUUAUUCCCACAAAUUUACAAGUAAAUCAUUCUGAUUUGAUAUUACGUAAAUGAAGUGCUGCUGAAUGUGUGAUUUCUGAAAGCUGAAUCUUGAAAUAAAUUGACACAGUCACUGAUACCAGACAGUGUGAUUGGCUUGUUGGGUCUUGUAUUCAUAAUUGUCUCUCUCAUAUCUUUGUAUGAUUGAUAAUCUGAGAUAUACAUGUAUAAUGAUUAUUGAUUAUCUGAUAUAUAUUACAAUCAUUGGCUAUAUUACAAUCUUUAAUUUGUGGGAAUGAAGAAACCUAAAGCUUUUGACUGCCUUGUAUAACAGAUUAGUUUUAACAUGCUGUAGUUAUUGAACAUUCCUCAUCAAACAAAAAAUCAGUUAAAAGCUGUCAAUUUGUUAUACGGGUUCGACAUUAUUAAUUUGGGAAGUGAAAAGAUUACAAUAUUUAAUAUUUAUAACUUUAAAGAUCAGUCAAAAUAUUAAUAUUUGAUAUUCAUGUUGUCUCAAAAAGUAAAAUGAAAUGAUUUGUUGAUUUAAAAAUCAUGUGUUGCAAAAUACUCAACCAGAAUCAACGAACCUGUUCACACAUUGUUGGCUUGCCCUCUCAAUUAAAGGGAGGUAACUGCAAUCUGGCCUCAGCUAAGGGGAUUCCCCUACCAUGCUUUAUGCAUAAUUGUACAUACUGUUGUUCGGCAGACAGGAAUGUUUCACAUAGAAUAUGAAAUAAAGGCAGUCUCACCACAUGAA